GCUCCUCGAACCAACCCAACACAACACUUGCACUUGCACUACGUACUCUCAUUUCAUCCGCUCCCGGCCGGCAAUGGCGCCACCGCCAGUGAACUCCGGCGACGCCGCCGCCGCCGCCACGGGAGAGAAGAGCAAGCUCUCGCCGUCGGGCCUCCCCAUACGCGAGAUACCCGGCGGCUACGGCGUGCCCUUCUUCUCGCCGCUGCGCGACCGCCUCGACUACUUCUACUUCCAGGGCGCCGAGGAGUACUUCCGAUCACGCGUCGCCCGCCACGGCGGCGCCACCGUGCUCCGCGUCAACAUGCCGCCCGGCCCCUUCAUCUCCGGCAACCCCCGCGUCGUCGCCCUCCUCGACGCGCGCAGCUUCCGCGUCCUCCUCGACGACUCCAUGGUGGACAAGGCCGACACGCUCGACGGCACCUACAUGCCGUCGCGCGCGCUCUUCGGCGGCCACCGCCCGCUCGCCUUCCUCGACGCCGCCGACCCGCGCCACGCCAAGAUCAAGCGCGUCGUGAUGUCGCUCGCCGCCGCGCGGAUGCACCACGUCGCGCCGGCGUUCCGCGCCGCCUUUGCCGCCAUGUUCGACGCCGUCGAGGCCGGCCUCGGCGCCGCCGUCGAGUUCAACAAGCUCAACAUGAGGUACAUGCUCGACUUCACCUGCGCCGCGCUGUUCGGCGGCGAGCCGCCGAGCAAGGUGGUCGGCGACGGCGCCGUGACGAAGGCCAUGGCGUGGCUCGCGUUCCAGCUGCACCCGAUCGCGAGCAAGGUCGUCAAGCCAUGGCCGCUCGAGGAGCUACUCCUGCACACCUUCUCCCUGCCGCCGUUCCUGGUGCGGCGUGGCUACGCCGACCUGAAGGCGUACUUCGCCGACGCCGCCGCGGCCGUCCUCGACGACGCCGAGAAGAGCCACACGGGAAUCCCGCGCGACGAGCUCCUCGACAACCUUGUGUUCGUCGCCAUUUUCAACGCCUUCGGCGGCUUCAAGAUCUUCCUGCCACACAUCGUCAAGUGGCUCGCCCGCGCCGGCCCGGAGCUCCACGCCAAGCUUGCCACCGAGGUCCGCGCCACCGUGCCCACCGGCGAGGACGACGGCAUCACCCUCGCCGCCGUCGAGCGGAUGCCGCUGGUGAAGUCGGUGGUGUGGGAGGCGCUGCGCAUGAACCCGCCGGUGGAGUUCCAGUACGGCCACGCGCGGCGCGACAUGGUGGUCGAGAGCCACGACGCGGCGUACGAGGUGCGCAAGGGGGAGAUGCUGUUCGGCUACCAGCCGCUCGCCACCCGCGACGAGAAGGUGUUCGACCGCGCCGGCGAGUUCGUCGCCGACCGGUUCGUCGCCGGCGGCGCCGCCGGCGACCGGCCGCUGCUGGAGCACGUGGUGUGGUCGAACGGGCCGGAGACGAGGGCGCCAUCGGAGGGGAACAAGCAGUGCCCCGGGAAGGACAUGGUGGUGGCGGUGGGGCGGCUGAUGGUGGCGGAGCUGUUCCGGCGGUACGACACGUUCGCCGCCGACGUGGUGGAGGCGCCGGUGGAGCCGGUGGUGACGUUCACGUCGCUGACACGGGCGUCGUCGGGAUAGCACGCACGUCGACGUCACGUGCGCGCCGUGCUGUGAUUUAGUACUGUACUAGGUUGGUGGAUGUUUUAAUUGCGUGGUUAAUUAUUAAUCACGCAUAAAGUAUUAAUCAUGUUUUAUCAUCUAACAACAAUGAAAAUAUUAAUCAUAAAAAAAUACAUAUAAGACGAACAGUCAAACGUUAGAACGAAAAACUAGGGUUUGUCUUUUUUUUUAGGACGGAGGGAGUAGGUUGGUGGAUGCUUUAAUUGCGUGGUUAAUUAUUUGCAUGGAGUUCUUGAUUUGCCGGGGGACCGGGGUGGGGUGAAAGUGUUUGAAUUCAACUUUUGAUUUUAUGUAAAGUUUGAUGAAUUAAUUUGUUACAAAGGGAAAAUAAAUAAUGUAUAGAUAUGAUACUACUGCUAGUCUGCUAUGGUGGAUAUGUGAGUUGAUUUGUAAUCUGUCUAGUCUUAAACUAACACUCCCUCUAUUUCACAAUAUAUAACACUGUUGAUUUUUCUCAUAACAAUGUAGUAGUUCAUAGGCACUUGUUAAGGGAGAUUAUGGCAUUUGUUCCUCGGUGUGAGGAACCCUGUGCACCUCGAGAGUGGGAAAUUCCGGUGGGUUAUGGCACCCACCGGAAUAUGGAAAUUCUCCUCUAGGUGCAUGGAAAUUUUUCCUGUGAGUACCAUAUCUAGGGAAAUAUGGAUGGGAGGAUUUCUUCAUCCAUCGAGAGCAGGAACGGGUUGCUAUGCUACCCAACAGAGGCAGCCCGGUUGCCAUUCCUAAUCCACGUGUCCACAUCCCAUGUAUGUUUGAUGCUUUCGGAGGCGCAUGCAGAGUGGAUUGCAUGUUGUCGUGUGAGUGAAUUUUGUAAGCGAUUGCAUCCAAUGGUACUCUCUUAAGAAGAAGAAAUAAAAUCCUAUAAACCGAAAAGGCUUGAAAUU